AAUGAGUAGUUUGGAAUCAUCUCCUCGAAAUUCUCUUAAUAUUGUUGAUAUUCUAGAAAAGUACAAAUAGAAAAAGGCUAUUAUGAGUCCUCUUCCUCUAGAAUCUUUUUAAUAAAUUGUUUAGGAAGCUGGAUAAGAAUUACUUCAAUAGCAUCCAGAGGGGGAUAAUUCUCAUUUUAUUUCAUUCAAGUAGCUUAAUUAAGAUGCCAUAGAUGAGUUAUAAAGAUCACUUCAUUAAUCGAAAAUUAUGUGGAAUAAUUUUAGUAGGGCUUUAUUUGCAGCAAGUCCUAUUGAAAAAAAAAAUAGUUCAACAAAAAUGGAAUUGUUGCAUAAUAGAGAUGCAUAUUAUCGAAUAAAGAGAUAAAAUGAAAUUCAAUUAAAGUUGCAAUUAGAUGGAAUAAAUAAAGAAUAUCAAAGAAUACAUAUUGAAACAUAGGGAGUGAAAUCAUAUCCAUCUAUCUCAACCAAAGAUCAAUUUCGUUAAUAAUAGAUUAAGAGAUAAUUAUAAAUGGGAUGUUGUUAAGAACUGGUACGUUAGGAAACUGAAUUAAUUAAAUAAUAAAUUGAACUUACAAAAUCUAGAUUAAUUAAUGAGAUUAAGAAAAUUGUUGUUUAUAUUUAUAAGAAUUAAAAUAAUGGUUGGAAUCCUUCAUCAAGAGAGAGUAGUGCUAUGGUAAAUUAUAAUGAGAAACUAUAUCUCUAUGGAGGAUCAGGAGCUGGAUAUAUAAGUGAUCUUUGUUAAGCAACAUUUGAUAAAUGUAUUAUAAUUUUUAUAAUAGAAUUCUAUAAAUGGACUAUGAUAAAAUUAAAACAAUUAAUAUAAUGUAGAUCAUACCAUACAGCCAAUUUAUAUAAAAGUUAAUUGAUCAUUUUUGGUGGAAUUUAAAACUCACCUCUUAAAGAAGAUAGGAUUCAUUGUGAAGUAACAAAUGAAGUUACUCAUAUUAAUUUAGUAAAUUAUGAGAUAAAGAAUAUACUGCAUGCUGGCAUAGUAUCUCCAAGAAAGGCACAUAUUGCAGAAGUUGUUGGGAAAUAUCUAUUAGUUUAAGGGGGUAUAGAUUAAAAAGGUCAUUAUUUGAAUGAUUUCCUUGCCUAUGAUAUUUUAACAUUAAGAUGGUAAAAUAUAGAAAUUAAUGCUUCAAUAUUUUAAGAUGGUAUUGCAUUCCAUAAAUCUUGUUGUACUUUAGAACAUAAAUCUAUUGAUAUUUAUAAACAUGAUCCUGAUAUGACUUAUGAGAACUAAGGCAUCUAUAUCUUUGGAGGUCUAGAUUCUAAUGGACAUUAUUUAGACAAACUAAUAAAAAUUGAUGUUAGAAGAAGACCUAUAUUUAUUGAGGAAGUUCAAUCAAAAGGUAAAACUCCAAUUAGUAGAUGCUAACAUUCAAUGACAUAUGUGGAAUUAUCAUAAUAAAUUGUAAUUUAUGGUGGCAAAAAUGAUGAUAUCAACACUUAAGGAUUUUUGAAUGAUUUACAUAUCCUAGAAAUCAGAAAUCUAUCAUGGACCUCUGUAGAAAUUAGAGGUCAUCAUCCAAUAUCUGGAAGAUGUAGCCAUUCUGCUGCUGUUAUUGAUGAUAGACUAUUUAUCUUUGGAGGUGUGAACUACACAGGAUUUGUUAAAAGUGAUCUUUUAAUUAUUGAACUCAAUCAAUCUAAAGCACAAGAAUUAAGUUAAUAUGAAGCAUAAACAGAACGAUUAUCUAAAUAAUAAACUCCUGUUUAAUAUAAACCUGCUACACCACCUAAAAUAGUUCUCAAUCUCAAAUAAUAAAUUGAAUAAAUAAAAAAGGAUAGUGAAAAAGUCAAAUUAGCUGAUAAAUUUAAAAAAUAGAGUAUGGCUAGGCAUAGCCGUAAUUUGACAGAUAUUCAAAUUUAUAAAACCUUUGCCACUGUUACUGAUUGA